UUUCAAAUGGAUUCAUUACUGGUUUCAAGUCUGUCAGCAAAUUCAAAUUACAGCACUGUUACUCAACUUUAUUUUUUUGGUUUUGAUGAAAUUAAACAGUACCCUCAACUAAUUGGGAUUUUAUUUUGUAUUAUGUAUAUAUUAAGUGUAAGUGGCAACAUUUUUGUCUGCUAUGUAAUUAAAAAAGAAGAAAGCUUACAUUCUCCAAUGUAUAUUAUUAUUUCUAAUCUUGCAUUAUCUGAUAUUGUGUACAGCACAGUCAUAAUUCCAAAAAUUAUAGAGAUGUACUUGCUUAAUAAUUUUAUAAUAGGUCUCAAAGCAUGUAUGGCUCAGAUGAGCUGUUUACAUUUUAUCGGUACAGUUGACAGUUUACUUUUGUUACUAAUGGCUUUAGAUCGCUAUGUCUCAAUAUGUAAUCCUUUGAGGUAUUCAAGCAUCAUAACUCAGAAUGUGGCAAGUUUAAUGUGUUCAGCAUGCUGGAUUCUCCCAAUAGCUGUGCCAGUUGUUCUCCUCUUUUAUUCUGUUACCCUCCCAUAUUGUGGUCCUAAUAAGAUACAACAUUUAUAUUGUGAAUUUGGCUUGUUGAUAAGAUUAGCGUGCACAAAUACAAGUUUCAAUAUGUAUGUUGGGGUAACUUUUGGAUGUACUGUUUUACUUAGUUGUUUUGUGCUUAUUAGUCUCUCAUAUUUGCAGAUAAUAGUCACCAUUUUUAAAAUUACAGAAUCAGGGGGUAGAAUGAAAGCAUUUUAUACGUGCAGUACACAACUUAUAGUAAUCUCUAUUUUUAUGAUCCCAAGAGUAUUUGCAUAUAUUACUUUAUUAAUUGGAUUUUACCUGCCACUGGAAGUGCGCAUUUUACUUGGAGCUGUUUAUUCCAUUCUGCCUCCAUUAGUACACCCAAUAAUCUACAGUCUUCGAACUAAGGAAAUUAAAGAUUUUAUUGUGAAGCGACUGAAAAGUAAAAGACAAAUUUCACUAGCAGUAUGUAUAUGUUUAAAAUAA